AUGUCCGAGGGUUCCUCGAACGACCAUUUCUCUUCGCUCGAAGGCAGCCUUUCAGGCGACUGCGUGAUUCGCACUGCCGACGGUGGCCAGUUCAGGGCUCACCGCGGCUUCCUGUGCGCGCUGAGCCCCGUCUUUCAGGCGCUCUUCUCCGUCGAGUACGGGGGCCUGUGCGACGUCAUGCUGCACAACGUAACGGCUUCCACGAUGGGCGCGUUGCUAGGUUACUACUACUCGAACAAGCUCGGUCUCAGUGAAGACAACGUGACCGACGUCUUGGCUGCGGCAGACAUGCUGCUCAUGGACGAGGCGCGCAACCUGUGCCUGCAGUACAUGCUGCGCAACCUGAGCAUCGAGAACUGCCUCGGCAUGGCCGCCUUGGCACAGUGGUACCACUGCCCAAACUUCAGCCGAGCGGUGCUCAGCUACGUGCGGGAGCACUUCGACCAGGUGUGGCGUACGAGUGACGAGUUCCCGGACGUCUCCGAAGCGCUGCUUGUCGAGUUGCUUACCUCGAACGAGCUGAACGUGCGCGACGAGGAGGACCUGCUGCACGCUAUUGUGCGCUGGUCUUCGUCUAGGAGCGUCUAUGCAGAUGAGGCAGGUGCCGAUCUGUCCAGGCUCCUGCAAUCAGUCCGGGUUGGCCUCUGCAGAUCAUUGGCGCUGGAAGACUUCUGCCGUUCGCAUCCGACGCUGGCGUGCAGCCGCGCGUACAACGAGGUUGUGUGGGAAGCUCAGCAGCAGGGCCCCUGCCUUUGCUCGCCUAGCCCGCUGCUUCUGGUGCAGUACGCUGCCCACCAAUGCAUGCACGCGCAGUCGGCAAUCCCUUCUGUCGAAGGUCAGGGCGACAGCAGCAACGCCGACGUCGCAGCAGCCGCUGCUCCCAGAAGACCGUCAUCGCUCCCGCAACUUCAGUGCGAGAGCUGCGGCGUUGCGCGGAACCCCGAGCGAUGGCUGCCGCGCAUGCCGUACCAGAUGCUCUUUGUGGUGGGCGGCUGGAGUGAAGGCCGCGAGCGUGACACCAUCGAGACGUACGACUCCAGGGCUGGACGGUGGCUGAUGAACCACAUGCAGGGAUUCAAGCCCAGGGCGUACCACGGCGUGGCUUUGCUGCGCAAUCGGCUGUACGUGGUAGGUGGCAUGCGGGAGGCCUCGUACCUGCGCUCCUGCGACACCUUUGACAUGGAGAGCUGCACGUGGCAGAGUUGUUCGGCGAUGAACAUCGCGAGAGGCUACGUCUCCGCCGUGGCCCUGGAAGACUACGUGUACGCCGUCGGAGGCCGCAACGCCGGCGAGCGCACCGCCUCUGUGGAGCGUUACAACCCCCGGUCCAACCAGUGGACCCUGGUGGCCGCCAUGAAGAGGAGGCGAAGCGACGGAGCCGCUUGCGCGUUUAAAGGCAAGUUACAGCAUGCAGUGCUGCCGAACAUGUACAGUAUUAAUCGAAAAAGUGAUUAG